AUGUCGAAUAUAUUUUCACCAGAAAAUGAUGAACUUUUAAUUGAAGAAGUGCGCCAGAAUACUGUUCUUUAUAACAGUCAAGAUCUCAAACAUAAAGACAUAAUAUAUAAAGACGAGAUAUGGAAAAAUAUUGCAGGAAAAGUAGGAAAAUCCAUGGAUGAUUGCAAAAAGCGAUGGAAAAAUAUUAGGGACACUCAUAAUCGGUACAAAAAAAGAUUGGGUACAGGAUCGGCUAGUUCCGCAAAGAAAAACUGGUCAUUGGCAGGCAGAGUUUCUUUUCUAAAUAAUGUUGAAUGUGAAAGGAACUCUACUUCCAACUUAAGUACCCAGCAAAGUGAUUUAGAAGCUGCAGAUUGCUCUAUUGAAGCUGACAUAGACGUUGGCAUUAAUGAAUUUAGUGACGAAGAGUCUCCCGUGUCGCCUGGGUGUUCAUACGCCGGAAAACGUGUACGAUCGAAAACAGACAAAUUAAACGUUUUGGCAAUUACAGUAAAAAAUUUGCCUAAUAAAGGUAUAAACGAGGUUAAAAUUAAAUCAUUGGCUUUAGUAACAGAAAUCCAAGAAAAAUAUUCAACUCCUGAACAACCACGUAUAACAUCUGACCAAACAAAUUACUACCAGCUUUCCAGUCUGCAGUCGGUAUCAGAUUCUGCAGUACUAUAUUAUCCCAUGUCAUCAGAUUAUUCUGGAUUUGGAAACUACCAUAAUAAUCAUG